AUGAAACUUUCUCUUGUUGUAAUUCCAUCGCCCUCUCUCUGUUUGUUUACUUGGGCACAUUGGAAACGGGACAAGAACAAUAAUCAGCGUGUAAAUAAUGUAAAUAUUGUGUUUUUCUCUUUCUUUCUUUCUUUCUUUUUUCUUUCUUUCUUUCUUUUUUCUUUCUUUCUUUCUUUCUUUCUUUCUUUCUUCUUCUUCUUCAAUGAAGCAUACAAAUCUGUUCGUAUCUAUCUCUCUAUUUAUAUCCAUUUAUCUAUCUAUAUUACUCAGUUCAUAUUUGUCUGUCGGUGUAACUAUGCCUGUCCUAUCUAUCUAUCCAUCCAUCUAUCUAUCUAUCACAAUCUGUUGCUUUCAUUUCCUUUAGCCUUUCUUUCUCAGUUUCGUAUUCAUUCAUUCCAUUUUAAAGGCUUCCCUUUCCAAUGCCUAUACGUGUUUCUUAACAAUCCCCACCAAUAUCAGUGA